AUUAUUGUGUCAUCAUAUCCAAGGGCGUCAUUUCGGUCGUCACCAAGCAGCAGACACGCAGGUCGCAUACCAAACAGAGGCAAACUAAGCGAUCGAGGACCCUUGGCCAAGACCGACAGGCAGACCCUCUCUCGUGAUUCAUUUCCCGUCUCAACUGCCAAAGUUUCGUCCCUCGAGCUGACUCAACGCGUAGUAGUCUUCCUGAGCUUAGCAAGCCUAGCAAGCUUAGCAAUUCUGGCACUUGUCGCUUAG